GGCGGCGGUUNCUAUGGCGGAGUCGGCCGGAGCCUCCUCCUUCUUCCCCCUGGUAGUCCUCCUGCUGGCCGGCAGCGGCGGGUCCGGGCCCCGGGGAAUCCAGGCUCUGCUGUGUGCGUGCACCAGCUGCUCACAGGCCAACUACACAUGUGAAACAGAUGGGGCCUGCAUGGUUUCCAUCUUCAACCUGGAUGGGAUGGAGCACCAUGUGCGCACCUGCAUCCCCAAAGUGGAGCUGGUCCCUGCCGGGAAGCCUUUCUACUGCCUGAGCUCAGAGGAUCUGCGCAACACCCACUGCUGCUAUACUGACUUCUGCAACAAGAUUGACCUGAGGGUGCCCAGUGGUCACCCCAAGGAGCCUGAGCACCCUUCCAUGUGGGGCCCUGUGGAGCUGGUCGGCAUCAUUGCCGGCCCAGUCUUCCUCCUGUUUCUCAUCAUCAUCAUUGUUUUCCUUGUUAUUAACUACCAUCAGCGUGUCUAUCACAACCGCCAGAGACUGGACAUGGAAGAUCCCUCAUGCGAGAUGUGUCUCUCCAAAGACAAGACACUGCAGGAUCUUGUCUACGAUCUCUCCACAUCAGGGUCUGGCUCAGGGUUACCCCUUUUUGUCCAGCGCACGGUGGCCCGAACCAUCGUAUUACAAGAGAUUAUUGGCAAAGGCCGGUUUGGGGAAGUGUGGCGUGGCCGCUGGAGAGGUGGUGAUGUAGCUGUGAAGAUUUUCUCUUCUCGUGAAGAACGAUCUUGGUUCCGGGAAGCAGAGAUAUACCAGACAGUUAUGCUACGCCAUGAAAACAUCCUUGGGUUUAUUGCUGCUGACAAUAAAGAUAAUGGCACCUGGACACAGCUGUGGCUUGUCUCUGACUAUCAUGAGCAUGGCUCCCUGUUUGAUUAUCUUAACCGCUACACGGUAACCAUUGAGGGCAUGAUUAAGCUGGCUUUGUCUGCUGCCAGUGGGUUGGCACACCUGCAUAUGGAGAUCGUGGGCACUCAAGGGAAGCCUGGAAUUGCUCAUCGAGAUUUAAAGUCAAAGAAUAUCCUGGUGAAGAAAAAUGGCAUGUGUGCCAUCGCAGACCUGGGCCUGGCAGUUCGCCAUGAUGCAGUCACUGACACCAUUGACAUUGCUCCAAAUCAGAGGGUGGGAACCAAACGAUACAUGGCUCCUGAAGUACUUGAUGAAACCAUUAAUAUGAAACACUUUGACUCCUUUAAAUGUGCUGAUAUUUAUGCCCUUGGGCUAGUAUAUUGGGAGAUUGCUCGAAGGUGCAACUCUGGAGGAGUCCAUGAAGAAUAUCAGCUGCCAUAUUAUGACUUAGUGCCCUCUGACCCUUCCAUUGAGGAAAUGCGAAAGGUUGUCUGUGACCAGAAGCUGCGUCCCAACAUCCCCAACUGGUGGCAGAGUUAUGAGGCAUUGCGGGUGAUGGGGAAGAUGAUGCGGGAAUGCUGGUAUGCCAACGGCGCAGCCCGCCUGACUGCACUGCGCAUCAAGAAGACUCUCUCACAGCUCAGCGUGCAGGAAGAUGUGAAGAUCUAACCUGCUCCCUCUGCCUUGCACGCAAUCCUGGGCAGUGAGAACUACAAGCAGCUGCCGUGUUGAGCGUACGAUGGAGGCCUACCUCUCGUUUCUGCCCAGCCCUCCGUGGCCAGAGCCCUGGCCGGAAAGAGGGACAGAGCCCGGGAGACUCACUCACUCCCUUGUUGGGUUUGAGACAUAGACACCUUUUCUAUUUACCUCCUGCUGGCAUGGAGACUCUGAGAGCGAAUUGUGUGGAGAACUCGAUGCCACAGCUCAAACCGGUUGCAGUGGGAAGUCUGCAAACCCCGGUGCAUCUGGCACAGAACCAGGCGUGGUGGAAGGGUGGCCUGGGGUGGUCAGGAGAAGCCAGGUUGUUGUCAGUACUAAGCAACAAUGAGGGCUUUCCCCCAGGGACCAGCCCCAGUCACCAGGGUGGCCCAGAGGAACCAGAAGUACAGCCCCCCUCAUAGGCAGCUCUGAGCCACACGCUCCGCCUCCCAAGGACACCGGGAGGGUCCGCCAGUGGCCACAGAACCUGCCGCCUGUCUGUCUGGCUCUGUGUGCAUGUGCCGAGGUGUGUUCCCUGUUGUGCCUGGUCCGUGCCACGCCCUUACACGUGUGUGUACGUGUGUGUCUGUAGGUGCGCACUUACCUGCUUGAGCUUUUUGUGCAUGUGCAGGCCGAGGGUGUGGUUGUCAUGCCGUCUCUACUUGCUGGUGCCUCUGUAAUAGUGAGCAGCAUCUAGUUUCCCUGGUGCCCUUUCUUGGAGGUCCCCCAGCCCCUGCCGUGGUGGUCCUCCUCCGUAGCAGGCUGCUCUGUCCACCCUGUGUCCGCACAGCUCUCCUCCUCCAUUUCAGACUGUGGAACCAAAGCUGGCCCAGUUGUCCAUAGCAGAAGAGACUUUUGGGUCAAAAUGUGACGACUGGGGGGGAGGGAUGGGCAGGAAAAAAGUCUUGGCAGAAAUGUUGAGUGUUGUAGUGUCAGCUUUGACCGUGGGAAAUGAGCCAGCCCAAGGGUAUCAUCCUCAGCAGCGUCGAGGAAGGGCCAAAGAAUCUGAAGCCAGAUCUUGGGACUCAAGAUUGGAAUGUCACAUCUGCCUGUCCCCUCCCAGAUUCUGCAGACUGCGGUAUAUAUUUUUGGUGGUGGUGGGUUUGGGGUGGGGAUGGGAAAGGGGGACAAGGAGUGGGGAGGGAGGCUGGGGUGGGAGGGGGGCAUCUGCAUGGGCCUUUUACUGGAUUAUCUGAUCAGGGUGGAGGGAAGAUGAGAGAUUUGCAUCCACUUCAGGGGCCCUACGAGGGAACAGCCUGAGCCGAACAUGUUAUUUAACCUAAGUAUAGUAUUUAAUGAAGUCUAGAAGCACGGUCGUGGGUGGUGAUUUGGUCAGCAUAUCUUAGGUAUAUAAUAACUUUGAAGCCAUAACUUUUAACUGGAGUGGUUUGAUUUUUUUUUUUUUUUAAUUGGGAGGGUCUGGAUUUUAACUUUUUUUAAUGUUAAGUUUUUAUAAAAGGAAAACCACCUUUAUGUGAUUACCUCUCAAUCUUUGUUUUUAAAGAAAUCCCUUAAAAAACAACCACAAAAAAAGAAAAUUCUCCCAUCGAACGCACAUAGCUCGAUCACACUGGAAAUCGUUGUACCUGAGCCUGUUCCCACUCAGCAGUGAGACUUCCUCCUUGCCCUGGAGGGCUGAUCUCUCUGCCUCCUGUCCCUGCCUCGUUAUGGGGGCACCCCGGCCUUUGUGCAGUGCCCACCUGUUGUAUUCUCCAGGCCUUUGCUCAGAAAAUUCACGUCCUGUGCUACUGGGUGCCUAACACUGGCUGGGCCUGGAAAUCCUUCAAACUAGACUGGUUUGGGUCCUGCUCUGGGAGCACUGAAAAAGGAGGUAAAUCAAGUACGUGGGUGCCUGCUCUGAGACCAGACGUUUUCGUAGUUGGCCUUAGAACCUGGAAUUACUGCUCUUAAAUAAGACCACUGAGGAAAGCGGCUCCUCUGUCUCCCCUCACAAAGAGACUACUCGGGAUGAGGCCUGGGGUUUAGAACCCCACGUGAGAACCCAAAGCACUGCAUUCAUUCUGUCCCCUUCCUGCCCUCGGAGAGGCACAUUAUGUUUGCAGCAUCCAGCCGGCAAUUCUCUGCCAAAGCCUGAGGAGGAGGGAGAGCCCUUCAUGCCCUUGGUCUCCCCAUGCUUCUGGCCUAUUUAUUUUCUUGAUGUAUUACGUCUUGCCUUGCAUUAAAGGCGAUCUUCCUCUCAUCCUUUGGGCCAAUUUACUGGCCACUGAUUGACUUCCAUGGAAUACCAGUUGUGUCUUCAGGGACCUCCUUUACCCCUGCUGACCUCCCACUUACCGCCUUGCAGCAGAACCUUGGCAGUUACAGGUGAUGGUGGAGCCUACACUCCUGCCCUGCGUCACAACUCGCCUGUGGGAUCUGCCAUGUGUCCACCCAGCACUCCAAGCUACUAGCCACUCCCCAGGGGCCCUUUUGACCUCACCACACACCCUUGUGCCCUCACCACACGCAGAGCCCAGCUCCGGUACCUCUGGGGAAAACUGAGCAGUUUGGGGGAAACUCCCACGCCCACCCCUGCCACUCUUAACACCAGGCAAGAGCUAGGGAAAAGCUGAUGCUGUGUUUGUGGUCCCCUGAGGCUAACCAACCCUGAUCCACAGGGCUACCUGCACCUCUGGAUUCUGGAUUCACAGACCAAGUCCAAGCCCGUUUACGUCACCAUCAGGCCCCUGAGCGGCAUUCUCGGUACUUCUGUUUGUUUUUGUACAUUUUAUUAGAAAGGACUGUAAAAUAGCCACUUAGACACUUUACCUCUUCAGUAUGCAAAUGUAAAUAAAUUGUAAUAUAGGAAAUCUUUUGUUUUAAUAUAAGAAUGAGCCUGUCCGAUUUCUGCUGUACAUUAUUAAAAGUUUUAUUCAAAGACC